AAAACUAACUUUGCAUUACAAGACUGCCUCGGCAGAUUUUCCAGUCUUCGGUUGUCGCUCUCAUUUGUUGACAUCCACCAGAAGAAGUGGUUGUCUAUGGGCUGAUCAAAUGCCUCGUGAACAUUCUUGAUUUUGGUGCGCGAUCCCGGCAUCAUUGAAAAGAUGGGUGACUCGGAUGAUGAGUACGAACGCCGCCGGCGGGACAAAUUCAGGGGUGAGCGAGACUACACUAGCAGUAGCACGAGAGACCGACGGGACGACAGCAGACGAGGAAGAGAGGAUUGGUCUGAAAGGAGUCGUGAUAACUGGGGGAGCAGGGAGCGUGGGUCUUCACGUCGCGAUUACAACAGAGAGUAUGGCCGAUCCCGUGACAGGUAUUCUCCAAGUCGUCAUGAUAUGUCCCCUCCGGUUAAGAGAAUGAGACAGGAUUGGGAUGACAGGAGAUAUACACCUUAUGAUAAUGCAGCUGCAAGUGGUGGUAAUUACGGCGCUUACGGAGGUGCUUAUGGCCAAGACUAUGGUCACCCAGCUGCUCAUGGAGGAGCAGCAGGAAGGCUGGAUGAUCUGGGACCAACACAGCCCCCCAUGAUGUCCUUCAAGUCAUUCAUGGAGCAGUGUGACGAUUCCAUAAGUGAAGAAGAAGCUUUAAGGAAAUACUCAGAUUAUAAGUUAGAGUUUAAACGCCAGCAAUUAAAUGAAUUCUUUGUCAAUCAUAAGGAGGAGGAAUGGUUCAAGGCCAAGUACCAUCCUGAAGAGUGUGUGAAACGCAGAGAGGAGCAGUUAUCUAAUCUAAAGUGGCGAGUGUCUACUUUUGUGGAACUGUAUGGUGCAGGGAGAAUGGAGAACAUAACAGUUGAUGCUGACCAGUCAGAGGAACUCUUGAAGCUCUUGGAUUCUGUUGUUAUCAAGCUAGAGGGUGGAACAGAUUUGGACCUUCAAGUGUUGGACCAAGUCCCAGAAGAAGAUGUCAAAACCACAGUAGGCUUAAAAAAAACUGAAGAAGAGAAGAAACCAUUUAUUUUAGGAGAGGAUUCUGAUGAGGGUGAGGAGAAAGAGGUCACUGAAGACAAGAAUCCAGAAGAACCGCUAAAGAUGGACAUGUCUGAGGAACAAAUGGAACUGCAGAAGAAAGCAAAGGAGUAUUUAAAACAGAAAGGCUCAGAUGGAGAGAAGGAAACACGUAAACGCAAACACUCCGAUAGCUCAUCCAGUUCAUCGAGUGAUUCAGAAGAUGAACGCAUGGAGGAGGAAAGCAAGGAACCACCACCACCGGGAAUGGAGAAAGAAGAAACAGAAACAAGUUCUACAAAAGAAAAGGAAGAUGAAGAAAAAGAGACAGUUAGCACUGAAGAAAAUGAAAUUGAAACUGAACCAAAAGAAGAUACUCCUGCUAAAGAAAAUGGACUGGAACCCCCAGGUGAAGAAGUUACCAAGAUUGAUGAUGAUAAAGAAAGUGAAACUAACAAAGGAGAAAAUGCUGAAGAAAACAAUAAAGAACAAGAGAAGAAUGGUGAAGAAGAAUCAAAGGAAGAUGAUGAAGACCCAAAACCAAGAGCUCUUCAUAAAACUGCAUCAAUUUUUCUCCGAAACUUGGCUCCAACCAUAACAAAGCAAGAAGUGGAAGCAAUGUGCCGAAGGUACAAUGGUUUUCUUCGUGCAGCCAUCGCAGAUCCCCAGCCUGAACGGAGAUGGUUUAGACGAGGUUGGGUUACUUUCAAGAGGCAUGUUAACAUAAAAGACAUCUGUUGGAACCUCAACAAUAUCAGAUUAAGGGAUUGUGAACUUGGAGCCAUUGUCAAUAGAGAUUUGAGUCGACGAAUCCGGACAGUUAAUGGCAUAACCUCACAUCGUUCUGUUGUUCGUGCAGACAUUAAAUUAGCAGCAAAAAUCAUUCAGAAUUUAGACUCACGGUGGUGCCUGUGGUUAGAAGGAGAAAUUACCGAAGAAAACCCCCAGUUGCUCAGCCUUACAUCAUCUCUCAAUCCGGUAUUGAGAAACAUCACAGAUUAUUUGAUAGAGGAAGCAAGUGCUGAGGAAGAGGAGUUGUUAGGAGCUAAUGAUGCCUCCGCUGGGAAUUCAGAAGAAAAGGCAGAGGGAGAAGCCAUUGAACGAGAUCCUAGUCUUAUUAAGGUAUUAGAUAGGCUGUUACUCUACUUGAGAAUAGUGCACAGUGUGGAUUAUUACAAUCACUCUGAAUAUCCCAACGAAGAUGAGAUGCCCAAUCGUUGUGGUAUAAUGCAUGCAAGAGGCAUACCCCCAUCCAGUAAAGUUACACCACAGGAAGUCAACGAUUAUAUCCGUGCAUUUGAAAAUAAGAUUGGCUCUUUCCUUCAGCCACUUACAAAACUGAGUGAUGAUGAAGCGAAGAAAUUAGGUUUAAAGGAGGCAGAAGAAGAAGUAGAGAAAUUUGUACAAAGCAACACACAGGAAGUAGCUAAAGACAAGUGGCAGUGUCCCUUAUGUGGAAAGAAAUUUAAGGGCGCUGAAUAUGUUCACAAACAUAUUCUCAUCAAACAUGCAGAAAAAGUCAAAGAAGUGAAAAAGGAGGUUGAUUACUUUAACAACUAUUUACGAGACCCUAAACGACCUCAACUACCAGAGUACCCUGGAAAUAAGCAUGGUGGUAGUAGGAAAGAUGACAGACCAGACCCAUAUGUUGCAACCUACCCCCAAGCAGCACCAGGAUAUGGUGGAUAUGGAGCUGCUUAUGGAAGACAGUAUCCAGCACCACAUGGUUAUGCCUAUGGUAGCAAUUACCCAAAGGAUUACUACGGUGGCAGAACAGAUCCGUAUUCCAGAGAGCCAUACCAGCGACCAAGGGUUACUUACCGGUCAAGGGUUGGCUACAGGGACUUGGAUGCUCCAAAGGAAGAUUACUAAUACUCUGGUCAGUCCACGCAUGACUCGUAAUAUUUUCUCAGACCAGCAGGCUAAUAGUUUUGACUGUCAAUUCUCAUUUCAGGAAUCUUUUAGAAAGAGAGGAUAUGUAGUAACAGAGCCAUUGAAAGGCAGAGAUGAAUCAGAGGAACAAAUUGGGUUAUUAUUGUCUGAAUGUAGUACUAUGCCUUUUUCUUUUAUGAUUGGGUUUGAUUUGAUAUCAGAAUAUAUUUUCUAUUUUCAUUGUAUAGUCAUUGUGUGUGGGGUUUUGUAAUGCUGUUUGGGCUGCCUUCAUUAUUAGCAUCAUCAUCAUCUUCAUAUACUGUAUCAGAAAUUAUGUAAAAGAAUCUAUACAUGUUAUCAUUUUUAUUUUAACUGAUUAGAAGGAUCUAAACUUCUGCUAAUAAUAUUAAUACAUGCAACAUAACUUUGAUACAUAUUAAAUGUGUGUAUAAGUGUUGCUAUUGCAAGCGUAGUGGUUUUCUGAAUGUUGCUUUAUUAAGGUCAUGACUUCGUUAAAUUUAGUGCCCCAGUUUCUUUACCCUAGUUGUUUGUCCUCAUUUUAAUUCAAAUAUGGUUUUGUGCUCUCUCUCGUACCAGGAAUUUAGUAAGUAAUCUAUUGAAUUAUGCUGUGAUGGCACCAGUGAUUACAUUUGUGAUAAUUUAUUGGAAUAGCAACAUUUGAUUGUAAUUAAAGUUCACUUCACUCUCAGGACAAAGCUCCAGUCACCAAUUAUUUCGAUACAAAAACAACUGCUCGUCUGCAUUGUAAUGUGUAGGAAGGUGAAGUCUUAUAAAAGUUCUAGUAAUGCAAAUCGUGAAGAUUUUCUUUGUUCAUCAUUGAUGAUAUACAGAAUUGGAGCAGGUUAUUUGGCCAUUACUCUGGCUCUGAUUGGUUGGAAGCUAAUAUUGAAAAUGUAUUUCAAUAGUUGCCAUUAAACUGCAUGGAACAAAUAAGGAUAAAGCAUAUCAAGCAAUGUGUUUGGUGUCAUGCUGUAUGAUGAGAGAAAUUUGAGAUCAAUUUUUGGGUUAUUCAAGUUUUAUCGUUGAUAAAAAAUACUGUGUGGCAUUAUUUUUUAUGAUUGUGGUUUUCUUCAUAAAAUGUUGUAGUUUAUUUUGCUGUUACCCAGCUUUGAAUAUUUAUGCCCACGAUAAUAGUAGUAAUGCCUUACAGCAAGUAUGUCAAGGUGGUCCUGUAUUUUUGUUUUAUGUAUUAUCUCUGAUCAUUUUUCUUAGUCUUCGGUCUAGUAUUUUGGAAACACCACUUUUUUUUAUAUGAUGUUCAUUUGUUUGCUAGGAUAUCAAAGUAGUAAGACUUUAUUUUUCAAGGAGAGAGCUGAGCACUUUUCUAAAUUUUUUUGUCAUAUAUAUAUAGAAAACUAGUAAUAUUAUAUGGAGACAUUGAAAUUAUUUUAAUUUGUGAUAAUGUUAAACUGCAGUACGAAUCCUAUUCAGUUAUUUUGUUAAGAAAAUUGGUUAUGGCAAUAUUUUUUCAUAUCUGGUGACUAUCUUUUAUUUUUCCAUCCUACCAAGAAUGAAUUUUUGCAAGCCCAUAAACAUUAUCUAAGCCUUGUCUUUAGUGUUAUUUUAUUUUGUCCAUAGUUGGCUAUCCUUACCCAUUAUGACAUGUAAUAGUUGAAGUAAGUCUGAAGAGUCAUAUUUUCUUUAUCUUUCUCUGGCAAGAGUAUUGGUGAUUAUUAUACCAUUUGUAACACUAUAGUCCCCAUAACUCACAUUUGUUUUUCCUUUUUUCUGUUUUCUACUUUUCCUAAGAAUAGAUAAGUUUUAUACUGAAUUGAAAGUAAUAAUUAUAAUUUUAUGCUGUUUUGUAUGAAGGCAUCACACUGUAUUAUUUUAUAUGUUGAAGGAAAUCUGUACAAGAUUAAAGAUAUAAGUAUUA